GUUUAAUGAAGUAUUUACAUAUAUGUAUGACCGUGUUUUUGACAUUUCUGUUUGUGAAUGAAAGUUUUGCAUGUGUCAAAAUAAAAUGAAAUUAAAUACAUAGUGUUUGAUUAUAGUUUUUUUUAACUUUAGGAUUGUUUAAUACUUAUGAAUUUAUGUAGGUUCUUAAAAAGAAUCUAAACAAUGUUUCGUAGUCGCAGUUGGUUUGGUGGAGGGUUUUGGAAACCAAAAAAUCGCCACUCUUUAGAACAUCUUAAAUAUUUAUAUAAUAUCCUAUCGAAAAAUCAAAUAGUUUCGGACAAUAACAGAGGUUUGUUGGUGGAAACUUUAAGAUCAAUAGCUGAAAUUUUAAUCUGGGGAGAUCAGAAUGAUAGUAGCGUAUUUGAUUUUUUCUUAGAAAAGAAUAUGUUAUCGUUCUUUCUACGAAUAAUGAAACAAAAAUGUGGCAGCUAUGUAUGUGUACAAUUACUACAAACGCUCAAUAUUUUAUUUGAGAACAUUCGUAAUGAAACUUCUUUAUAUUAUUUACUGAGUAACAACCAUGUAAACAGCAUCAUUGUUCAUAAAUUUGAUUUCAGUGACGAAGAAGUAAUGGCAUACUAUAUAAGUUUUCUAAAGACAUUAAGCUUGAAGUUAAAUGCACAUACUAUUCACUUUUUUUAUAACGAGGUAAACGAGCACACAAAUGACUUUCCACUAUAUACCGAAGCAAUAAAAUUCUUCAAUCACUCUGAAGGAAUGGUCCGUAUUGCAGUACGUACUUUGACUUUAAAUGUUUAUCGAGUUGAAGAUGCAUCUAUGCUAGCUUUUAUACGAGACAAAACUGCUGCUCCUUACUUCAGUAACCUUGUUUGGUUUAUUGGAAAUCAUAUCAUAGAAUUAGAUACUUGUGUGAGAAACGAUGCUGAUCAUCAAAGCCAAAAUAGGUUAUCUGAUCUAGUAGCAGAACAUUUAGAUCAUUUACAUUAUUUGAAUGAUAUUCUUUGUUUGAAUAUAAAAGAUUUAAAUAAAGUCUUAACGGAACAUUUACUUCGUAAACUCUUGAUUCCUCUAUACAUAUACUCCCUAGUAAAACACAAAAAUGUUUAUAAUAGUAAAAUGGAAAAAAAACAUGUCAGCAUAGUGGUGUCUCUAUUUCUUCUGUCCCAAGUGUUUUUAAUUGUUUCACAUGGACCACUAGUUAAAACAUUAUCUGUUAUUAUUUUAAUGUCAAGCUUAGAUGCUGUUCAAAAUGGAUCUAAUAAAAUAUUAGAAGAUUAUAUUGAUUUAGUUUUAAGUAAAUGUAUUGCUUUUACACCACCUAAAGAAAGUUUGGAAAAAUCAUUGGAAAAUCUCGCCGAAUGUUUAAACGAUCCUAAUAAAAUAGAUGAAAAUAAUAGUAAAAGUGGCACUAAAAAUGAUUAUGAUGCUGAUAAGACAUUAGAAUCAAAUAUGCCAAGUACUUCUUAUUAUGAUUCUAUAAAUAAGGGAGAUACUUUUAGCUCAUUAAAUGAAUUGGAAGCAAUAAUUACACAGGAGACUAUUGAGGAAAUAAAACAUUUAAAUGUCACUGAUGAAGAAAAAGAACAAAGGCUAGCACUAGAAACGCCACUGAUUCCUAAUCAAACUUUACAAAAUCAGUUUCAAACUAAUUUGGCAAAUAAACCAUUUUUAGAAACUAUUUUAAAUUCAUUAUGUUGUACUGAAAAUGAUUAUGCUGCACUUUUUGCACUUUGUCUUCUGUUUGCCUUGGCAAAUAAUCAGGGUAUCCAAUCUGAAAUAUUGAGUAUAUUAUUAUCACCUACUAAAGAAUCUUCGAAGAAUUGGUAUAAUGAAAUCCUAAUUGACAGAUUAAUACAGAUCAUAACAUUAAGUUGUCAAACAAAUGUCAAGGUGCGAUUAAUCACUUUAGAGUUAGCUAUCAAAAUUUUAAUACAAAUGGUUAUUUCUGAAGGCAGAAGUCUAAUAAAUGAUUCACAUUUAGCUGCAAUUGAAACAGCAAAAGAACAAAGUGCAGUGCAACUAAGGAACUUUUACAAGAGUGAAGAUAUAUUUCUUGAUAUGUUUGAAGAUGAGUACAGUGAAGUUCAAAAACGCCCUUUAAAAGUAGAAUGGUUGAUGAUGGAUAGUAACAUAUUACUGCCACCAACUGGUACGCCAAUGACGGGAAUCGAAUUUAGUAAAAGAUUGCCGUGCGGCGAGGUGGAAAGAGCUCGACGUUCUAUAAGAGUGUUUUUCUUGAUACGAGAGCUUGCCCUAACUAUCAAUACGGAAAUGGAAACACAGUUACCAUUAACAAAUCCUAUUUCUUGUGUACAGGUCAACAACGUACUUGAUCUAAAUAACAGUGAUCUUAUUGCUUGUACAGUCGUAUGGAAAGAUGGACAAAAAAUACGUCGAUUUCUUGUAAUAGAUGUUCUUCAAUUAAUAUUAGUUGAACCUGAUACUAAAAAGUUAGGUUGGGGCGUUGCAAAAUUUGUUGGUUUUUUGCAAGAUAUUGAAGUUGUUGGCGAUAAAGAUGAUUCUAGGUGUCUUCAUUUAACUAUUCAUAAACCACUAAGCAACAGUUCUUCUAACAAAUUGCCAGUAUUAUGUGCAAAAUUUAUUUUUGAUGAUCAUAUACGUUGUAUGGCAGCGAAGCAAAGGUUAACGAAGGGAAGAAUAAAAGCCAGGCAAAAAAAGAUGGGUCAAAUUGCAAGACUUCUAAACAUUCCUGCGAGUACACCGAAUUGCUUUACACCUUCAAAUUAUAGUUUGAUUGGCUUGAGAUCAGAACGUGUUCCAGGUCGAGGACAAAGGCACAAAGAUCAAUCACGACCAUUGUUCACAAUUAAUAAAGUUCCAGGAUUUGCCACUCAAAUGCAUCGUGAUGCACUUAGUCACGCUACAGGACUUUCUUCUUCAAGUACAAAAAUAUCUCCUGGAAAUUCUAACGAUAAGAUUGCAGAUAAUGGUUUAAAUUUGAGAGAACAUUCUCCCAAAAUUGUAAGACCCAGAAGUGAAGAAAUUCCUUUAGAAGACAUGAGCAUUAGAAAAGCAUCCGUAACACCGAAUUGUUCAUUAUGCAUAGAACGAAAAGACAGUUUUAUACUAGGCUCAGUUUGUAAUUCAGAAGGUACUUCGGUAUCGCAGAAAGAAUCUGAAGAAACAUCUUUUACUUCUUCACAAAAUGAUGAACAUAAAGUGAGAAGAAGAGGACAAGUUGAAACAGUUUAAUAAAAAAGAUGAAAUGUUUAUACAAAUAAAAAUAUAUGUGUAUGUAUAAAAAUUUGCUAAUAAAACAAAAUAAAAUUUAUUUAAUUAUA